AUGCAAGGUUAUAUUGCCGUAAUUUUAUUUUGCUUAGUGCUAGUGGCAGAAGGAUUUUUAUUUUCUUCAUCAAAGUGUCCGAUAAAAAAACACAAACCAGGCAAAAUAAUAACAGGCGAUCCAUUAUUAGUUCAUAAAGAUUUUGAAGAUAGUCUUAAACAGAUAGAAAAAGCAGCUAAAGACUGUAAAGUACAUGUGUUUGUUAAAGGUUCUUAUUAUCAAUUACCUAAUCCAAGUAGCAGAGCUCCUUUUGGCGAUGAGGAUAUAGUUAUUGGUCAGGCUUUUCAAUUCGAACUACGUGAUGAACAAAAUGGAAUUCUGUGCAAUAAAUUAUGUUUGUCCAGAAAUCCAUCGGUAUUAUCUGAAGCUAAAUGUUUCUUAGAUACAAUCAGAAGAAAUGGUUUAACAUGGUCAUCUUCUAAUAGUUAUAUUAUAAGUAGUGGCAAAUAUGCUUCCAAUGUAGCAGGAUAUGGCGCGACUAAAACUGACAUACAAACAAAAUGUCAAAAAGAAAGCUUCAAAAGAGAACUAAUGCUAGAACUUCGCCAAAUGUAUGACGCAGAAAGUCAAGAUGGUGAUGACGAUGAUAGUGAUGAAAAAAAGAAAAAAUAA